UGGAGUCCGUCCGUGCGACUGUAGACGAUAUAAGACGGCGCACAAAACCCGGACCUCUCAGUGUUCAUUUUCAUGUCUCUGCGAAGGAGUCGGUGAAAUAUUCAUCGGAACAGAGCGAUCGACGACGACGUCAAAACGCGCGAACCCCCCCAAAAGACGUCCCCGGGUGGCUCUGGUUUUGAAGUGUUUAAAAAAAUUAAUAACAAUCGAAAUUCGAAGUGCUAAAAAGGAAACAAAGUUGUGAUUUUUUCUUUGGCGACUUCUCCAACAGCCCCCCAUCGUUCAGGAGACGGUACGAAAAAACUUUUUUACGUUUUAUUUUCUUGCCUGCCUGCCUUGUCUUGACUAAUUUUGGACGGGGGUUCCCGGAACUUUUCAUAAACUUUGACGUGUGCUUUUCAACUGUUGUUCUUCCAAAAAUGGAAGUCGAGAUGUCAGUUGCGAAACCGUUUGGCUUUGAAAAGACGCGUUUUGGCCACGAUUGCCAGUAACCUGAAAAGUUCGAGAAGUCGACCAGGAUGGUCGAAACUGUUCCCAGCACGUCCCUUCUGCGUCCCAUGAACGCUCCAAUUGUUACGUCAACGUGUAGCGCGAUGUUUUCCGAAUCGUUUCUCUUCCUUCGACAAAACAACCCCUUGUCGCGACUGGCGGUGCAACGGCGACUACGUAAAACUCAUCACCACAAUAACAGUACAAUUUUGUGGCAUCAUACGGUGAUUGUGAUGAUAGUGUUGGUGUCGACGGUAUUGCCCAUUUCAUGCGACCGAUUUACGAACAGAUCUACCAAUAGUAUAGAUAGCAAAAAGAGUAAACAUUUUAGUGAAUUCGAAGAGAUAACGGCGAGUCCGGGUUGUGGCUCCUGUCGGGUGCGCGAAGAGAUGAAAAACCGGAGCAUACAAGCCAUCAAAGAUAACGUAUUGCAAAAAUUGGGUUUAUCGAAGGCGCCAAAUGUCACCACCAAGUCCAUACCCGCUCAUCUUUUGGCACUCAUCGACCAGGGUUACGUCGAUAUACAGGGCGAUGCGCCCUUUCAACCGGGACCGUUCGUUAGCGAGGAAGAAGAUAAUUAUCACGUUCGCACCGAGAAAGUUGUCACCUUUUCACAACCAUAUCCACGACUCAGGCAUAGUUGGCAUGGACAUGACAUCCUUCAUUUUUCGUUUUCGGAUGGGGUGACCAAGUAUCAGGUGGCGAACGCCACCCUCUUCGUGUUCGUAAAGGGGGUGGACAAGCGGCCGCAACCUAUCAUGAUACUUGAGGUGUAUAAGGUGUAUAAAAAUCCUGACCGGCCGGACAUUCCCGGAACCGUCAGGGUGGCAUCCCGACGAAUAAACCAACCCCUUGGCCACGGCGAAUGGAUCAAGAUUGACGUUACCGCCAUGGUUUCCGAAUGGUUUAAAAGUGCACGGGAUAAUUAUGGGUUCAUUGUUAAUGCGACGAUUAACAAGAGGAAGACCCCGUUGGAAAGCGUCAAUGGAAAUGUGCCAUUCGUAGAGAUCAGCACGGUGGAGCCGAAACGUCGGACCAGACGGAACAUUGCCUACGACUGCGACGACAAAAAUAUACAGGACGUUUGUUGCCGGUAUCCGCUGACGAUUAAUUUCGAAGAUUUCGGUUGGGACUUCAUUAUAGCCCCAAAAAAGUACGAGGCGUAUUACUGCAGCGGCCGAUGUCCUUAUUUGACGAUGCAGAAGCAGCAUCACACGCAUCUGGCGAAAAUGGCGUCGCCGGACAUAGAAGGUCCGUGCUGCGCCCCUCGGAAAAUGAGCGGCAUUUCUAUGCUGUACUUCGACGAAAAUUACAACGUUAUUUUCGGUAACUUACCGGGCAUGGUGGUUGACAAGUGCGCGUGCUCGUAAUGACGGCAUCCCUUAGCCAAUGCACAAUUUAAUAUCAAAUGCGCAGAGGAGGCUUUGAAUUCGCGGUGUGUUACUUGUGACGACGACUGUACAGUGAAACAACGUUCUUUUUUUUUACUUCACGCAUUGAUUGGAACGUUAUUUGUGUCGUGGAGUAAUUAUGGUGUAAAACGGUGUAACAAACAAAAACUAAUGAGGAAGUAAUCGGCGAUUGUGAGAGAAACGUAUUCUUUCUUUGAUAUUUGACUUUUGAGCAAAAAAUAAUAACACAAGACUUGUGUGUAAC